AAAUACUCAAACCGGUCUGUUGAAAACCCUAAGUUCUUCUAAGAUCUUGGUCAAUUUAUUUUUGUGUGAAUUCUGUUACUUUAAUUAAGUUUAAAAUGUCGCUUUUACGUUUACCAACAUCCAUGUUAAUGAAUCAACAACAAGUGAUUCGUACGCUCAGCACAACAGCCUUUAUAUCUCAGAAGAAGCAAUUCAAGUCUAAAGCACCACAAAAUAUUGUCUUGGUUGAUGGAGUUCGAAGCCCAUUUUUGAUGUCAGGAACUGACUACUCAAAAUUGAUGCCCCACAAUUUGGCUAGACAUUCACUUUUAGAAUUAUUGCGCAAAACUGGCGUUGAUAAGGAAGUGAUUGAUUAUAUUGUGUACGGUACAGUCAUACAGGAAGUCAAAACAUCAAAUGUUGCUAGAGAAGCUGCUUUGGCUGCAGGAUUUUCUGAUUUCACACCAGCACAUACGGUGACAAUGGCAUGUAUCAGCUCGAAUCAGGCAAUUAGUACAGGAAUAGGUUUAAUUGCAAGUGGAACUUACGAUUCCGUUGUUUGUGGUGGUGUAGAAUUUAUGAGUGAUGUACCAAUCAGAUUAAGCAGAAAAUUCAGAGCUUUAUUGCUUAAAUUAAAUAGAGCAAAAACAGCUGCUCAACGACUCACUCUUUUAUCGUCAUUCCGUCCAAGCUUCUUGAUUCCUGAAUUACCGUCCGUAGCUGAAUUUAGCAGUGGAGAAGUUAUGGGACAUUCUGGUGAUCGCUUAGCAUCGGCAUUUGGAGUCACUAGAAAGGAACAAGAUGAUUAUGCUUUGAGAUCACACACAUUAGCCAAACAGGCACAAGAAAAUGGAUAUUUUACAGAUUUAGUUCCAUUCAAAGUUGAUGGUAUCGAUAAAACUGUUAGUAAGGAUAAUGGAAUUCGUGUGUCAACUCCAGAAUCAUUGGCUAAAUUAAAACCUGCUUUUAUUAAACCUUAUGGAACCGUCACAGCUGCAAAUGCAUCAUAUUUAACUGAUGGAGCUUCUGCAUGCCUAAUUAUGACUGAAGAAAAGGCAAAAGCCUUAGGAUUGAAACCAAAAGCUUAUUUGAGAGACUUUAUGUAUGUUUCACAAGAUCCAAAUGAUCAAUUACUUUUAGGACCGGCUUAUGGAAUUCCUAAAUUAUUGAAUAGAACAGGAUUAACAUCUAAAGACAUUGAUGUAUGGGAAGUUCAUGAAGCUUUUGCUGGACAAAUUUUGGCUAAUUUGAAUGCUCUUGAUUCCGAUUAUUUCUGCAAAAACUACUUAAAGCUUAACCAAAAAUUCGGAGCUCUCGACAUGAACAAAUUCAACAAUUGGGGAGGAUCCUUAUCAAUUGGACAUCCAUUUGCGGCAACAGGUGUUAGACUUUGCAUGCACACAUCAAAUCGUCUUGUUCGCGAGAAUGGUCAAUUAGGUGUUGUUGCAGCAUGUGCAGCAGGAGGUCAAGGUGUUGCUAUGUUAAUCGAAAGACAUCCUGAUGCUAAUCCAAAUUAAGUUUCUUUAGUAUUUUUUAAUUUUGUCAUCACAAUCCAUGUCUCUUUCCCACGAAAUCAAAAUUUUUUAUAAUCGAAAGAGUUUUUAAUUAUGUAUAUAAGCAUUUAAUAAAACUUGGCUAAUUUUCCUAACAUUUUAA